UAAAAUCAUUCAUUAGUAAAUAGUCACACCCUUCAAUGGCUGAGUACUUUCUUCCCUUACUGUUCCUCCUCCUCUGCGUCCUUCCCCUCCUCUCCACUGCUGAUGGUCCCCCUCUGGUCUGGGCCGUGAGACUAGCUCAUUCUGAUCACUCUAGAGUCGCUAAGGAGACGGGACUGGUCAGUUCAGGACAUAUCAAUGAACUAUUGGAUGAUGUGUACGAGUUUAAACUGGGACAAGAGGACCACGCCCACCUACUAUCACACCUCAAGUCACGUGAUCUAGUCAUCGACCAUGUCCAUUCAAAUGUAUUGUCCCACCCUCACGUCCAGUGGGCGGAGCACCAGUACUCCAUCACUAGAGACAAAAGAGACAUUUACUUUAACGACCCACUCUUCCCCCAUCAGUGGCACCUGGUGAAUCAUCAAGAGAAUGGUCACGAUAUCAAUGUGACUGAGGUCUGGCUGUCUAAUAUCACUGGAGUGGGUGUGACUGUAGCUGUUGUUGACGAUGGUUUACAACAUGGCAAUCAGGAACUGAGUGAUAAUUAUAAUGCUAAAGGAAGUUAUGAUUUUAAUGAUUACGAUUAUGAUCCUAACCCUGACACUUCCUCAGUAUCCAAUUCUCACGGAACACGUUGUGCUGGACUAGUAGCGUCAGUGGCUAAUAACAGUAUUUGUGGUGUUGGUGUGGCUUACAAAAGUUCAGUGAGUGGUAUUAGGUUAUUGGAUGGAGUCAUUACUGAUCUGUUGGAAGCGAAGGCACUCACUUAUAAGACCCACAUCAAUCACAUAUACUCGUGCUCCUGGGGCCCAACUGAUGAUGGGAUGACAGUAGAGGCACCAGGGACUCUGGCACAACUGGCCUUCCAGUUAGGGACUCAGAGGGGUCGCUAUGGUUACGGGAGUAUAUUUGUUUUUGCAUCAGGUAAUGGAGGGAACAAACAGGACAAUUGUAAUUUUGAUGGAUAUGCUAACUCGAUAUACACAGUGACAAUAGGAGCAGUGGAUGAGUUGGAUAAGAAACCUUAUUACGCUGAAGAGUGCUCCUCCAAACUAGCAGUGACAUACAGCAAUGGAGUCAAGAGGGGGGACAGGAACAUUGUCACUGCUGACAUCACCAAAGGACACAGUUGCACCUCAGGAUUCAGUGGAACUUCAGCAGCUGCUCCAAUGGCAGCUGGACUUAUAGCACUGGCACUGCAAGUUAGAGAUUGUUUAACAUGGCGUGAUGUACAGGGUAUUAUUGUGUACAGUGCUGUACCAAUAGACAUCAGUGAAGGUGAUUGGUUCACCAAUGGAGCUGACUUCAUGCACUCUCACCAGCACGGGUUCGGAGUACUGGACGCCUACAGACUUACAAGAUCAGCUCAGGUGUGGCCUUUGUUACCAGCACAAGUGGUUUGGAAGUCAGAUACAUAUUACACUAAUAGUCCAAUUCCUUAUUCAAUGGAUCGUAAACUCCAGCAAAAUAUAACGUUAUCACUUGAUGACAUGCCACCAUCACUCCAUACACUGGAGCAUGUAGCAAUCACUGUGACGAUAGACCACACCUACAGAGGUGCUCUUAUAUUGGACCUGGUGAGUCCUUCAGGUACAGUAUCUCAUUUAGCUACUUCUAGAAAGAAGGACAGCUCAUCUAAAGGAUUACGUGAUUGGACAUUCACCACAGUCCGUUGUUGGGGGGAGGGACCCCUGGGGGUGUGGUCAUUACAGGUAGCUGAUGACACUAGUAUUGGUAUCCCUCCAGACACUGAGGGUGAAUCAAGAGGAUACCUCUUACAAUGGAGUAUCAAACUGUAUGGAACCAACCUCACUUCUUUGGAUAUAGUCAAUAGAAAAAUAUUAAUUGAUCAGGUUGUCAAUGGUGAUGAUGAUGUAAUUCCUUCAACUUGUCCUCCUAAACCAACCAACCUACAGGACAUUACCUUCCCUGAUUCACCUAUUGGGAACAAAUUAUUAAAGGUUCUUUCUGCUCUAGCUGCUGUUAUUGUCAGUAUAUUAUUUCUUCAUAUUUUAAUAACUUUUAUCUAUCGGAAAAUGAGAGACAAAAAGAACAGUUAUAGAUCAGCACUACCUCCGGUCACUUUGCGUCACUUGAGUUCAACAGCCGAGGAAGAGGAGGGGCUUUUAUUAGAAUCACGAGAUAAUAAUGAAAAUGAGUGGAAUGAAGAAAUUGUUGAAGAUAAGACUACUCUAUAAUUAAUUAAUUAAUUAAUUAAUUAAUUAAUGUCUGUUUGUACAUUUUUAUUGACAAGAACUGCAUGGCAUUCAUUAAAUUCUCAUUAUGUAUUAUCAUUUAUUUAGUAUUAUUAUUGUUAUUAUUAUUAUUGUUGUUGUUGUUGUUAGUUUCUUUGUUCUUGUUUACAUUUUUGUUGAUAGUUUAGGACAGCUUGGAUGUUUGAAUUCUCUUGGACCAAUGUUACCAUCAAA